GCUGUCAGCGCGGCCUGCGGGAGGCGGGGCAGCCCGCGUCCUCUCACCACGGUCUUCAGCAGCCCAGUGGCUCGGGCCGGCGAGGGAAGCCCCACGCCGCUCUUUUUCCCCUUCCCCUCCCCAUCUGAGGGGACCCUCCCGCCCGUUCCGCACCCAACAUGGCGGGCGGGCGCCGCGGCCUGGCGGCGAUGGCGAUCCUGGCUGUCUGGCUUUCGGCGGCGACCCAGGGCCAGGAGCAGGCCGCGUUGCCGGCGGAGCAGAGCCGGGUCCAGCCCAUGACCGCCUCCAACUGGACGCUGGUGAUGGAGGGCGAGUGGAUGCUGAAAUUUUAUGCCCCGUGGUGUCCAUCCUGCCAGCAGACCGAUUCGGAAUGGGAGACGUUUGCCAGGAAUGGGGAAUCACUUCAGAUCAAUGUGGGGAAGGUAGACGUCAUUCAAGAGCCAGGUUUGAGUGGCCGUUUCUUUGUCACUACUCUCCCAGCAUUUUUUCAUGCAAAAGAUGGUAUAUUUCGACGUUACCGUGGCCCAGGAAUCUUUGAGGAUCUUCAGAAUUACAUCUUAGAGAAGAAAUGGCAAUCAGUGGAGCCUCUGACUGGAUGGAAAUCUCCAGCUUCUCUAACUAUGUCUGGAAUGGCUGGUCUUUUCAGCAUCUCAGGCAAGAUUUGGCAUCUUCACAACUAUUUCACAGUGACUCUGGGAGUUCCUGCUUGGUGUUCUUAUGUCUUUUUCGUACUUGCCACUUUGGUUUUCGGCCUUUUCAUGGGUCUGGUCUUGGUAAUAAUAUCAGAAUGUUUCUAUGUGCCACUUCCAAGGAAUUCAUCUGAACAUUCUGAUCAGGACCAGAGGUCAGAGGAGGCUCAUGGGGUUGAACAGCUGCAGGAUGCAGAGGAGGAUAAAGAUGACUCAAAUGAAGAAGAAAACAAGGACAGCCUUGUGGAUGAUGAGGAAGAGAAAGAAGAGCUUGGCGAUGAGGAUGAGGAUGAGGAGGAAGAGGACAACCCAGGUGGUGGUGUGGAUGAGGAGAAGGAUGAUGUCAGUGGCCAGGGUCCCAAGAAGGAGGGCAGUAUGACUGUGAAAGAGGGUGAACCUGACAAACCUGGCGAAGAUAUCCCUGAGCAGCCCCGCCCCGCUAGCACGGAGCUGGCAGAAGACUCACUGAGGCAGCGCAAGAGUCAGCAUGCUAAAAAGGAGCCAUAGGUUAAAUGGUACUCUUUCCAAGGACACAGACCAAAAGAAUACUUCAGCUUCCCUCUGGUUUUCAGUUUAAACCAAAUCCUUAGUUUUUCCUGAAUCAGCAAGCCUCUCUCUCUGAAAAGGUGACCUCCAAUCAUGUAGAUGCAUGGGCUGUAAGCCUGUUUAUGUUAAGAAUCAAGAAUGACAAUCAAGAGACUGAAAAACAAGAUGCUUUUAGGAUCUAGUUGUGGACAUAGGAUGGGAUCAAGUUCAUUUAUUUGGAGCUGGAGAGUCACCCACUGCCCUCAUUAGCACCUUCUAGAGAUAAGGCUGCAGGCUCCAUAAAAUGAUAGAAAAGCUAUCUUCUCAGCACACCCUGUUUUACUUCCUUUUCACAUGUUACAUAUUGAUUGUUCUGUCACACUGUAAGAAGCACCAGGUACCAUACAGCACAUAGACACAUUUUUGGAGACAAAAUUUGAGAGGGUCUGGGAUAUAAUUUAUCAACAAAAUUACUAGGGUGUUGAGAAGUCAGCUCUCUAACUCUCCUUUGUUAUCUUUUACUUCUUGCCUUUAAUUUACCCAGUUUUUCUGCCAUAGACCUGCAGAUACUCCGCUCUUCCCCGUUCAUCCUAAGCACUCUGCAGCCAGGUCUGCAUCCACCACACAUAUUCCGACUUAAAGGUUUAGAUAAUCAUUAACCACAGCCUGUGAGAAUAUGACUGCCAAGCUUCUCCAAUGGAAAGUUGGAGUCUUUGGAAAUUCAAAAGGAAGUAGGGAUUUUAUACAACAGAUUUUAAAAAACCACUUUUGCCCAACAUGUAAUAGGUUCUUUUUUCUUUUCCUUUCUUUUUUUCUUUUUUUUUUAAAAGCCGGAAGUGCUCUAAGUCUUGCAUGAGUAUAAAGUCCUAUGCAGAAAACUUGAAUGUUAUGUUGUUUUCUUUCCAUCUCAAGGGGUUCUCUGACUCUUGAACCACUUUAAUAACAACUGAAAAGCCAUUUCUGAUUUUCUUUCCAUGAUGUGUUAUUGGUGAAGAAAUUAAUGAAAGUUAGUAUCAGGAGGUGAAAGAUUUGAUUUUGUUUCCAUCUUCUUUACUCUUCUAGAGAAUCGUAUCUUUGUAAAGGUCUCACUGUUCAAUCCACUACAAAUUCCCAGAGAGCCCAGUUUCUUUAAAAAUAUCCAUCUAUCUCCUCUCUUACCUGAUUUAUGUCUUAGAAUAAAUUCAUAAAAUUAGAUUCUAGGCAUAUGAAAGAUGCUUAAAGUCAGUCUUAGGCCCCUAAGGUCCAGGCAAAAUAAUGAGUAAAGGUUUAUGAAAUUCGGGAAGUUUCUGUCUUCUUUAUAAAGGAAUAUAUAAUGUUUAGGUAACUCUUUCCCUGUACUAACCGAAGCAUGGUGGGGGAGGUUCUGACACUCUGCCCUCCUGCAGUUGAAUAAGGCUCCUGUCAGCCUUACACAAAGGAGGUUUUUAGUCUGAUAGUCUGUUUUGAGAAGAGGCUAUUUUUCAUCUUUCCAACUUGUCUUGGUGUACGGUAGUUUGUUAAGAGUUGCUGUUCAUUGUGUUCUUCAGACAGCAGUGUGACCUCAAAUUUGAGCACAUUGAUGGAUGGAAAAAUCCUUAACAUGUGCUUAUCCCCUGCCCCUAUUGCCAUGUUUCUGCCUGGCUGAUUAGUGUCAUGGUUCAGAGGGUAGCAUUUCCACCUCUCUGAUCCAAGAAACUACUGGCUCAGAACUGGGUUAUGUCUGCCUUCUGGUCACUGAAUUUCCUUCUCUUAAAAUCAGUGAAACAAAGUUUUCAAAGAAUAGUAAAUUCAAGUUCAGAGUUAUGGAGUAAGAAAAGUUUCAUAGUUUGGCUUUUCUUUAUAAUGAAUCUCCCCAUCAAGUUGAAAUAUUUUUUUUUUCAGUGCUAUUUUUGACUACAGGGGAAGGCACAAGGAAAUUAUUCAACACUGGCUUUUUAUACAUACAAAGCCAGUUUCCACUUGGACCCCAUUGGUACCUAAUUGUAUAAUAAGAAAAUGUAUUAUUUUGCUCAGCAAAACUUAAAAAAAAUGAAAUGUGGCUCAAAAAUUAUCUUGGAGAAGAACAUACAGUAAAAGUAUCUAUAGGACUCGUUUUUACUGAUGAGGUUUCUAGUAUUAAAAGGCCAGUUAUGUAUACAUUUAAUUUCUGUCCUCUCAAAACCUUUAAGUUUAUUUUCAAUAAUUAGUGUAAAAUGAAAAGAAAAAGUCAAUCUAUAAUAAUUUAAAACUAGAUUAAUAUUCUAAUAAAACUAAUUUUUACCUGAUUUUUCAAUCACGAAUCCCUCUUUUGCAUUAUCAGCUAUUUAAUUACAGAUGCAAUUUUAUAUACAUUAAAAUUAGGUGAAGAAGAUUGUGGACUGGAGAUGCUCAGCACUUUUAUGUGUAGGUAUUUGAAAUAAGGUGCCUUGUGAUUGUUUAGAAGGAGUAUUUGAAACUUCUAGUUAUCUGUGUGAUUUCUUUUGUAGUACAUUCUGUGUUUGGUCUGCUGAACCAAGCCAACUUGACUAGAAAUGUCAUAAUGAAGCAACACACUAUUUCCCUUUGAAGUAUAAUCACUGAAUAGGGAAUGAUAGGACCUAUUCAAUUCACAUGCCAUUCACAUUGCUUGGCAUGUCCGUACAGUUUCAUCUUGUGUGUAGGAUCCCUGUCUUGUUACGUAAAUACUCUAGUAUAAAGUAAACAGCCUUUAGCCAGGUUGGCUUUUGACAGUUGAGAAAGCUACACUUUGACUUCUUAUGGCCAAAAACAUUUGUUGGUAAUCUGUGGUGUUGCAAGGUGUUUAGAUGUCUAUAAGUCUGCAAAAUUGUGCCCUGUAACACCUUAGGGUAGAGGAUAGAAAUGUAGUUAAGGAAUAGUUACCAUGUGACUUUUUAUUAGCAAAUCCUUUGGGAAUGGAGCUGGCUUGUUGCUUUAUAGGAUGGGAACAUAAAAGAGUCUGAAAUAAAAUGAAAAGGCUGCAAAGAAAGUCAAUUUGAAGUCUGAAAGGAAGGGGGAACUACUGCUUUUGGUGAUAGACAUCAGAAGGGUUUCUGCCAUUCACCUCAGUGCUGCAGAGCAUGAUUUCUGCCAAUAUUAAAUAUGGAUGGUGGCCUGUCCUGUCAAGAACACCAAUGGAUUACAAAGUGUUUGUGUAAAUCUUUUGUGCCAACAUGGCAGUUCUUUCUGUAUAGUGUCUUAUAUCUUGAUCCUCUGGAAAAAAUUAUAGCCAGUCUUGCAGAAUCCAAGUAUAGAGUCAUCAAUUUGAUUGCACCUGUUGGAGCAGUUCUGUGGACAGCUUUCCAAAAACAGGAGGUGCAAUUGAAGGGUGUUUGAAACCCUCAGCCCAGAGGUGGCCUUCAGAUGGUUAUUCUCAGUGGAGGUUUGUGUAGAUUGUACUGCUGUAAAUAAGUAUGUGUGUGACUCCUGUGUCUUUGUCCUGUUUCCAAUGUCAUUUAAUUGUAUUUGUUACCAGCCAGCUUCGUGGAAAUGCGGUUUUUAUACUCAAGACACUGGUUGUUUGUACUGCAGCAUUGUGGGUUUGUCCUCUUUAUGCCUUGUAAAUGUUUUGAUUAUUUACUUGUGUAUUUAUUUUUUCUCUUUAUUGAUGUGUUCCUUGUUUUCUCAAAUAGAUAUGUAGCCAUUAAAGUGAGAAGUUGAGUCAUUGUUAUGUGACCAUAGAAUUCUACAUAAUCCUGUAUCUUAUAUGAUUUUCUUUUACUGUAAAUUUCUAUUUGCAUCAAAACAAUGAUAGUUAUGACUAAGUAAAAACAAAAUAAUGUAUUUUCACAAAAACUGUUUGCUUAGGCUGCUAAAAUAUUACUUUGUUAAGAAAUA